CCGAGAGGUUAUGGUUUACCACGAUAAACAACAGAUUCUCAUUUGCCAGAACCAAAUAUGUGAUCUGUGAAUAGGUAUUCCAAAUCAAAGAUGUUGUCUUCCUCGCUGCUCGGGUUUGAACCGGGAUAAGUUCCACCACCACUAGGCCGGGAAUAGAUGGUAAUUGCAUGGUAGGAUUUGAGCUGGGAUGAGUUCCACCUCCACUAGUGCCAGGAAUUGAUGGCAAUUGCAAGGAAUCGACACAACAACCUCCCUCGGGAGCUCCCAUGGUGCUCUCAAAACUAUUCUUAGCACCACUACUAGAAGAUGUACAACCAUGGACUCCAAUAUGAUCAGCAAUUGAUAAUGGCAAACUUGCAGUGUUAACGACAGGACCUACUUGAGUGGCUCCAAUCAACUGCUUGGUCAAUAGCUCUCCCAGCUCAUCCGCAACAUUCUUGACUGGAUGAGUGUACAUUCUAACUGAGAUCCAACAAAAUGAGCUCUGACCAAACAUGCAGUAGCUCCUCCUGGACUAAGGAGGAAGACAAAGCAUUUGAGAACGCCCUGGCUAUCUACUCUGGAGAUAGCGAUCUACUGAUGAAGAUUGCAGCAGCAGUUCCUCAGAAAUCUCUUCAAGAAAUUACUCAGCAUUAUAAUGACCUUGUUGAAGAUGUCAACGACAUUGAAUCGGGAAAAGUCCCCCUACCCAAAUAUGGGAAAAUGCAAAGUUAUUCCAGCCAUAGAAGUAGAUCAUCGAGAGCAGUGGUAGAACGGCGAAAAGGGAUUCCUUGGACUGCAGAAGAACACAGGUUGUUUCUCCAAGGGUUGGAGAAAUAUGGUAAAGGUGAUUGGCGGGGUAUAUCGAGGAACUGUGUGAGAUCUAGAACAGCAACACAGGUGGCAAGCCAUGUCCAAAAGUUCUUCAAUCGAUUAAAUGACAAUGACAAGUCGAAGAGGAGAAGCAGCAUUCAUGAUAUCACUAGCGUGAAUGCUGCUGAUACUACUGAAUCUUCACAAGGUCCAAUCAUUGACUAUGUAACUGAAGCUUUUGACACAGGAAUGAUAUAUUUACCAGGGCUAGCUACCAACUGCGCUAUUGAAGCACCAUCUGCUGUGAACCCCGAGAAAUUCCCGCUUGGUGCUGCUGUUGGUAGUGAGUUGAAUAAUUCAUUUCCAGACAUGGAUGAGUUCCUGCAAAGUAUAGAUGACCUAAUCACUGAACCGGCAGAGAGCACCUCUGGAGCAGUUGCUGGUGGCACCGGAAUGUACACUCAUCCGGUUGUUAAAGUUGGGUCCUUAGAAGAGCUAAUGACCAAUCAGUUGGUUGGAUCCACUCAAGUAGAUCCUAUGGCUAACACUACAAGUUUGCCAUUAGCAAUUGUUGAUCAGAUGGGAGUCCAUGAUUGUAUAGCUUCUGGCAGUGGUGCUAAGAAUAGUUUUGAGAGCACCAUGGGAGCUCCCGAGGGAGGUUUUCGUGUCGAUUCCUUGCAAUUGCCAUCAAUUCCUGGCACUAAUGGCAGUGGAAUUCAUCCCUUUUCAAAUCCUACCAUUCAAUUGCCAUCUAUUCCCGGCACUAGUUGUGGUGGAACUAAUUAUCAUGGUUCAAAUCCGAGCAGCGAGGACGACGACAACUUUGAUUUGGAAGACCUAUUCUCAGAUCCCAUAUUUGGUUUUGGCAAAUAAGAAUCUGUUGUUUAUAGUGGUAAACCAUAACCUCGCUCGGGUUUCACUAGAACUGCUUUGUCAUGGAUGAGCCAAUGCAGCAGGCGCCUAUUACUUCACGAACUCUCAUGCCAUUACGUGUUCCUUGCCUGGUUGGUUCGUUUGCAGCAUCUUCUGGUGUAUUGUUCUGUUGUCGCAUCCUUCUAGAUAUUUGCAUAUCCAUUGCAUAUCCAGUGCUGGCUUCUAUUGUAUAUGAUGUAUGUAAUAGCAAACUUUGCCGGUAGGUUAAAUAUAUAGAAUUAUUUAGAA